AUGAGAUAUCUCCCAGUUCCCCACACCGUGACAGGGUACCAAGAAGAGGACAAGGAACUGUACCCACACAUCCCCCUGCGCACCCGCUUCAACCUGGAUGGCGGCCGGUCCCAGGUGCUGAGCAGGUUUUACCAGCUGAGCCAGCAGCACCGUGAUUUUUACCGGGACAACAGUGGGAUGUUGAAGGUCGUUCCCUACUUUGUGCUGCCUGUGAAGGAAAAGGACAGAUACCCUCAUCCGCUCGACCUCCCACCCCUCAGCGCGAAGACCCGCUGGUAUUUGCUGCGAUUGUCACCGACGAACCUGCGGGCCUACCAGACCUUCCCCUCGGGGAAGAGGGUCCCCUCUAAGGAGAGAGCGAUGCGAGACAGCUUUUUUGAGCGCCGACUCUAAGCCACGGCUUCCACCCUGCCCUCGGUGGAAACCUGAUCUUCCAGCCAGGAGAGGAACAACGGGAAAAUAAA